AUGACAGGACGACUUCAAGGAAAGACAGCAAUCGUUACUGGCGGUGCGUCAGGCUUUGGCAAAGGUAUCGCUACCAAAUUCAUCGCUGAAGGUGCCAACGUCGUCAUCACUGAUCUCAAUGAGCAACACGGCCAAGCUGUCGCUCAAGAACUCAAUUGUGUCUUUUCACGGGCCGAUGCUACGAAUCCAGAUGACUGGCAACGCGUUCUUGAAUUUACUCUGCAAAAGUUUAACCAGCUCGACAUUGUGGUCAACAAUGCCGGUGCUGCAUACCCUAAGAAGCCCACUGAGCAGGUCACUUCCAAAGACUUUGAUCUCGUCAUGAACGUCAACGUCAAGAGUGUCUAUCACUCAACCAAUGUCCUUCUGCCGUAUUUCCUUGGCGGCGACCGACCUGGAUGCUUUAUCCAGGUUGCUUCAACGGCUGGAAUCAGACCAAGACCAGAGUUGACCUGGUACAAUGCGUCCAAAGCGGCUGUCAUCAAUGCCACCAAGACAAUGGCUGUUGAGUAUGGACCCAGAAAGAUUCGGUUCAAUUCUGUCUCGCCUGUUGUUGGAAGCACCGGCAUGCAAGUAUUCUUCUAUCUUGGCUCGAUUGAGAACAUGACACAUCUUUUCAUUGGAAAGCCAGAUACCGAGGAGAAUAGAGCGGGCUUCGUUUCCACUAUUCCCAUCGGCAGGCCAUCCACGCCAAGCGACGUUGCCAAUGCGUGCUGUUAUCUAGCUAGUGAUGAGGCUGCAUUUAUAACUGGUGUUGACUUAGAGGUUGAUGGAGGCCGCUGCGUGUAA